AGUACGCGUGCGGUAUCACAGGGACUUGGAGAGGUCGCGGUUGGUUAGUUGAGCACAUUGCUUGCAUUUGCUGCGCGAAGAGCGCGUGUAGUUCGUUAUUAUCCAGAGGUGACUAGAACUGUCACAUACGAGACUACACCCGGCCACAAAAUGUCAAACCGAGCAUGGGUAACACUGGCCACAAACGACUCCUACGGUCUGGGAGCCUUGGUUCUGGCGCAUUCUUUGCGACGCGUCGGCUCCACUUAUCCGGCCGUGAUUCUCAUCACACCGUCCGUGACUGAUGCUAUGAGGGACCGUCUUCGCGCAAUAUUUGCCGAGGUCAUCACAGUUGAUGUGUUGGACUCGCAAGAUGCAACACAUUUGGCACUCUUGCAGCGACCAGAACUGGGAAUCACCUUUACAAAGAUCCAUUGCUGGAACUUAACGCAGUACGAUAGAUGUGUGUUCCUCGAUGCUGAUAUUUUGGUGGUCCAAAACUGUGAUGAACUCUUCGAAAGGGAGGAACUGUCUGCCGCCCCAGAUGUCGGCUGGCCAGACUGCUUCAACUCCGGAGUGUUUGUCUUCCAGCCCUCCGCAGACACCUUCAGUAGACUGAUCACAUUCGCGCAGGAGCGCGGUAGCUUUGAUGGAGGUGACCAAGGGCUGCUCAACUCGUUUUUCUCUAGCUGGUCUACGGAUAAUAACAAACGCCUACCUUUCCUCUACAAUGUGACCUCAGCCGCUUUCUACUCGUACUUGCCUGCUUUGAAACAAUACGGGCAAAACUUGAAAAUUAUCCACUUCAUCGGUCCAGCCAAGCCUUGGCUGCAAAACUAUAACUUUGAAUCUCAAAGCGUAGACGCGCCAGAGCAUUUGAAAGGAUUCCUGCAACUAUGGUGGGACUUGUUCACUUCCCAAGUUCACACGCAACUUGAUGUGUCUAUGGCCCACUUUGAAGAACCAUCGCCAGAGGGUCAUUUUGAUAGUGAAACUGUCGGUGAGCAACCCCAUGACUAUUUUGAACAAAGACUAGAUCAACCAACGUAUCAGCCUACACUGGAUUCCACGUCCGAAUUUCCUUGGCAUCAUCCUGAUAAACAAUUCGUGGAACAAGAGCAAAGCGAACAACCACUAGACAAAAACGAAUUUUAUGAUCCUUGGGAUUUGUACAGUGGAUUCAUUUUGCCCAGUAAGAAUGACCCCCAAGAAAGGGGAGAAAUAAUAAACAAACAAAUUUGGAAUGACAUACAACAUGUACCUCAACAACACGUUUCAGCAGAUGCGUAUUCACAUAAUCAAUUCAUUACAUACGCACAAAAUAAUCCGGAUACAAAUCACUAUGAACAUAACCAUUAUCAGAAUAAACACAUUUGGGAUAGCAUACCAUCACAUUUACCUCAAGAAAACAUUUCGGCAGAUGCAUAUUCACAUAAUCAAUUCACUUCAUACACACAAAAUAAUCCAGAUACAAAUCAAUACAAUCACUAUGAACACAACCAUAAUGAAAACAAACAUAUUUGGGAUAAUAAUAUAUCAUCACAUGUUGCUUAUGAACCCAUUUCGGUAGUUGCGCACUCAAACAAUAAUUUCAUUUCACACGCACAAAAUAAUUCAGAUACAAAUGAACAUAAUUAUUAUGAACACAACGAUAGUCGGGAACAUUUUUCAGAUCAUGCACCAUGGAUUGAUAACCAAACAUCAUUCGACCAUCAUGAUCACCAUAACCACCAUGAGCAUCAUGACCAUCAUUAUGAAGAAGAUCAUAAAGACCAUAACAUUUUUAGUAUUGAAGAGCCUCAAAAUAAUCACUUUAAACAUGAACACAAUACAUACAGUUAUAAUAAAGUUGAAAUUCAAAAGCCUCCAGCGUAUCCUAUUAAUCAAAAUAAAUCCAAACAUGCUUAUUGUAUUCACAUGGAUUAUGAAAAGCCUUGUAUGAAACGUGGCAAACAUAAAUACAAUGAGGGAAUAAAUGGUGAUGUAAUAUACGUAGACGAAAUAUAUGAUGAUGUCACACCCAGGCAUCCCUACGAUGGGUUUUACUUGAGACACAGAGCAACCAUCGAUUCACGUGGAAGAAAAAUUUGUACUCAUCAAAUAACUUUAAGGUCACCUUCUCCCCCACCUGAAAGCUUUGAAGAAAACAAUAACGCAGUGGAAUCUCUGGAAAAUGGGUUUUUAUCAGAAGAGGAGGAUGAAACUGGCGUAGCUGGAAAUUUAGCACGAGUCCAACCUGGCACACCUCUACAAAGGGAAGCAAUAGAUGAGCUCGCCAGACGCCAGGGUUGGGAGUCAGGCAACAUCGAUUAUAUGGGCGCCGACUCCUUCGCUAAUAUUUGGGCUAAAAUAUCCCAAACAUUAAACGAAGGACCCUCCUCGCCACCUAAGCAGCCAUCACCCCCUAAAGAAUCUCCUCCAGUAUCAGAGGAACCCGCUAAAGAAGUUGCUGAAGAGUUAGCAGAAAAAGUAGCUGAAGCAACACUUUCCGACAUCCCUGAUAUACCAGUUCCAGCGAGAGAAGCAAUUAACGCAGCAGGUAAAAUGAGUGACACAUCUAGUACAAUAACUAUUCCUCAGAUAGCGCCCGACGCUUCUAUUGCAGAAGCUGACACAAAGACUGAAACUUCUACGGCGCCUAAUGAGACAGUGGUAGCCGCUGAAAUUUGUCAGUCCCUCGAUGCUAUUCCGUCUGAAACUUCUAAAGGAGAAACUACCCUUGAAUCGGUAGCAUCUAAGGAAGAUGUAGCCGAAACAAGUGCCAUUCCGGUUUCGUCCCCUGUAUUGCAUGAAAAACAACCUCUAGAACCCGCAUCUUCUGAAACCAAGGACGCGCACGAAGUUGAACAAAUGCAUGAGAAUGACAUACCCAAAACCGAUUCAGUUUCAGAAAAACCUGUCGAUGUGCAUGCUGCUGAGCCUGUAGCAGAAAAUCCCAUUGAAUCAUCUCCGCCACAGUUAAUUGAAGCUGUUUCUGUUAAAUCUCCAGAAUUGGCAUUAGAAUCACCAGUUGCUGCACCCCAAGAAGAUAUUGUUCCAACUGUUAUCAGCGAUGUGCAUGAAUCCAAACCAUCACAAGAAGCCAGCGAAUCAUCUAAAGUGGAAUGUGCAGUGGUCGCCCCCGAAUCAAAGCCUGCACCAGAAUCCGAAUCAAUUCCUACUGUUGUGCAUGAAUCCAAACCUGCACAAGAACCUAGCGAUGCAUCUAAAGUGGCAUGUGCAGCAGAAGCUACCGAAGCAAAACCUACGCCAGAAUCCGAAUCAAUUCCCAGUGUUGUGCAUGAACCGAAACCAGCGCAAGAACCCAGCGAUUCAUCUAAAGUGGAAUGUUUAAAAAAAGCUCCCGAGUCAAAGCCUGCAUCAGAAACUGAAUCAAUUCCUAGUGUUGUGCAUGAAUCCAUACCAACACCAGAAGCAGAUGUCCCGAAAAUUGAAGCCAUAAAUCCUAUUGCCUCCAUUCCAACUGAAACUCCGAGUCUCGAGGUGCAAGAACCUUCAGUUCCAGACGCUGAUAUCAAAAAACCAGUAGCCCCUCCUUCCGAAACACCGAAGCCGGAAUCUAUUUCCGCGCCUUCUGAACCAAAGCAGGAUAAAACUCCCGUCAAAACGGAUGCUCCUGCUUCCGACAGUCCUCCUUUAGCCAACACUCCAUCUCAAGAAGAAAUACCUAGUGUCACUGCUGCUAAAUUGGAGGAGCGUCGUAAGCCGGCGGGGAAAUUGCAGCUGAGCCCGCCCAGCGUGGCCGACCCCUUGCCCACUCCGGACAGCGAGCUGGAGGACGCCGCGUCGCUCGCGCAGUCCAUCAUCGCCAGCGAGCUGCGCACGCCCACGGUCACGUCCCCCUCGCCGCCCGCCGGCCUCGCCUCCCCGCAGCUGCAAGCCCAGCCCGAGCGACUCGACGUCCGCAAACCCGACGUCCCCACGCCACCGGUAGGCGCCGUGUCACUCUCCCAAAUCGGAGUCAAGCCUAAAGCGAAACCGACCACUGCCUCGCAAAUUGAAUCAUCAGUGUCCGAAAAACCAGAGACAGAAGCACCUAAGAAAAAGGUGGUCAAAAAGGUGGUGAAGAAAGACGCCGCGUCUAGCGGUGAAGCACCCGUGCCUCCUCCGCGUAAGAAAGAAAAGAAGCCUAAGGAUAAAUGAACACUUGCGCUACGCUUAAAGUUCCUCUGUGCCAUAUUGUAUCUACCCUUACCUUUAUGUUACUGAUUAUCGUGUAUUUAAUUUGUGUAUCGUAACACUUUUAUAUUAUGUUAGAUUAAUUUUAUCACUCGCAACUACACGUCCAUUUUAUCGUUUUUUAUUAAGAUGUAAUAUUCUAUUUUAAUAUUAUGAAAACGAUUUAACCGUGAUUGAUAUGUUUUUAUGAAGUGUUUAACAAUUCAAAAUGUAUAAGACGUAUUUAUUGAAUGAAAUUUUUAUAUUAAAGUCUAUUUUCAA